AAUCACUGGCAGCAGCAGCAGCAGACGACUGGAUGCUGCGUUCAUUCUCGACGCCUCCCCAGCAUCGAACAAAGCCGCCAGUGACACCGACAGGGCUGGCGUCCCCCCGCGGGCUCAUCCCUAAACCUCUCCCGCCUGUCCCGCUGACGGGCUGCGGGACAGGCGAGCACUGGGCUCGGUGUCAUCCCGCAGCCCGCUCGGGCUCUCUGGCCUUACCGCGUUAGCAGCUAAAGGAUCCCAGGCACGACAAACGUGAGGUUUCUCUCGGCUCCGAAGGAACGAUGCGAACGGAGGAGCGCCGGCGGAUCGAAGACGAGCCGGAGAUGCUCCACAAAGAGGAGAUGGGUAAUGCUGCUGUAGGAAAACACCUCGCCACUGAAUGGUGAACAAGCUCCAGUCUGCGCUACCGCGAGCAGCGGGAUCUACUGGUUACCGGGCGAGCUCCUGGGGGGCAGCGGCACAAGACAUGACAUGCACAAGAAAAAAGAGGAAACGCAAUCUGGGCUUCUUUAAAAGCUUUGUUUUUUAGAGGAAGUCUGCAACAGGCUUCCAAAAGCACCGUUUGCAGAGAUUUGGAGCACUGAGCCUGUUGCCAACACCUCGCAGGGGGGCUCUUGCCUCGCUUCUAUGGGAAGGACCGGGUGGAUCGCUUGAGCUCACAUUAAAUGAGGACUGCAACAGCCGGCUCCUGGAGGGAAUCCAGAGGUGAGAACGCCUUGUACCUUAACCAAGGGACCCUUUUCGAAAUGGGGCGAUGUGGAUGGAGGGUUCCCUGUUCCUUGUGAACUGCAGAAAGGAAGCAACCACGAGGACGGCGAAGGGACCAGCAGGCGGCGGAGGAGUGGUGGCUUUGGUGUUUGACCAAAAGCUGAUAUGGGUGGUGGGGCAUUCGGGAUGGCUAGUCGAAACGAGAGCGGCGAAGGGCCAGCUGGGCCCAUAGCAGCGGUGGUGGCCACGGCAGGAGGUAUGGCAGCAGCGAGCCCGUCCCCGGCUGUCUCUACCUAUAUCAAACUGGUGCUGCUGGGGCUGAUUAUCUGCAUCAGCGUGGUGGGCAACCUGCUGGUGUCUCUGCUCGUACUGCGGGACCGGGCCCUGCACAAAGCACCGUACUACUUCCUGCUUGACCUGUGCCUGGCCGACACCAUUCGCUCAGCCAUCUGCUUCCCCUUUGUGCUGGUGUCUAUAAAGAAUGGCUCUGCCUGGACCUACAGCGUGCUGAGCUGCAAAGUGGUGGCCUUCAUGGCGGUGCUCUUCUGCUUCCAUGCCGCCUUUGUGCUCUUCUGCAUCAGUGUAACACGCUACAUGGCCAUCGCACACCACCGCUUUUACUCAAAGCGCAUGACGUUCUGGACAUGUGUGGCGGUGGUGUGCAUGGUGUGGACACUGUCGGUAGCAAUGGCUUUCCCGCCGGUUUUUGAUGUGGGCACCUACAAAUUCAUUCGCGAGGAGGACCAGUGCAUUUUUGAGCAUCGCUACUUCAAGGCUAAUGAUACCCUGGGCUUCAUGCUGAUGCUGGCUGUGCUCAUUCUAGCCACACACGUUGUCUACAUGAAGUUACUCCUUUUUGAGUACAAGCACCGUAAGAUGAAGCCGGUCCAGAUGGUGCCGGCCAUCAGUCAGAACUGGACUUUCCACGGGCCGGGGGCUACGGGCCAAGCAGCAGCCAACUGGAUUGCAGGCUUUGGCAGGGGCCCCAUGCCUCCGACUCUGCUGGGAAUACGACAGAACUCGCACAACCAGAACCGCCGCCUGUUGGGCAUGGAGGAGUUCAAAACGGAGAAGCAGCUUGGUAGGAUGUUCUACGUGAUCACCUUGCUGUUCCUGGUGCUCUGGUCUCCCUACAUAGUGGCUUGCUAUUGGAGGGUAUUUGUCAAGGCUUGCACAAUACCUCACCGGUACCUUUCCACCACCGUGUGGUUGAGUUUCGCCCAAGCCGGGGUCAACCCGAUUGUCUGUUUCUUCCUUAACAAAGACUUGAAGAAAGGGCUCCUUUCACACCUACCAGCCUGCUGCAGGACUAAACCUAAUUUGCCACGAGAGCCUUAUUGUGUCAUGUAAGCAGAGAUGAUGUUCAAAGCAGGAACCAACGCGCUAUCAACUGAUAUUGUGGGAGUGUCAGCCUCAGUAAAUGUGACGUUUGAUUUGACGCGAGCUCAUUUUAAGAAGGGAGUGCAGACUAAUAAGGUGGUUAAAACACUGAAAUGGUAAGCAUGCAUUUCCAUCUACCAACCCCUUUUCACUCCAAAAGCAUACAUAAUAACUAGAGAAAAAUACUUACAUUGCAAGACAUGCAAGUCAUAAGUAAUGCAGUAAUUGUGGAAACCAAGCCAGACAAAGAACAAAAUGACAUGAGAUGUUUCAUAAAGAAUGGCCCGUUAAGAAAAGUCUUCUCGGGUUGGUUUGGUGACAAAGAGAAUCCUGGCGACAAAGCAGCAGCUUCUGUAGUCUAAAUUUCCCCCACGUGCUGUAUGAGUUAGCAGAGGCACAUGAUGUGAUGUUGUUGUCGCUACCUCGAGCAACAGAAAAUGCUACGUGGACUUAUAGUGAGGCACAAAAACUCAAGUAAUAGCAGUAACCCAACUUGAGAGAAAAGAGCCGCUAUGGAUGAGGGAAGUGAGCGAGGAGAACUGCAGCCAUCUCUCCUCACUAGGUGAAGGACAGUUUCUUUCAACAUUAGGUAUCAAGAGAUCUGGUACAUUAUACAAGCGGGAAACAGGCCGGACUGAUAACGUACCUCACACACAGCUUUGAAGAUUUGAGGAUAUCUAACGGCUUUAUCUGAGCAAAAAAACUAAAAAUGAAUGAACUACUUCUUUGUUGUCUAGCUCUUAAAGAAGAAGCAUAGCUUGAAUUGGAGUUCAGGUUCAAGAAAAUAACAUGGCACAAGGAUUGUAAUUUGUCAGUGAAUGUGUGAAAGCAUGACGCAGUCCUUACGCUUGAUAGAAAAAUGGUGUUUGGAGGUUUGAGAUUUCCCUUUUGUCUCAUCUGACACACCGACAACCGCUAAUCCCCUUUUUAUUUCCAGAAUGAUGGCCUUACUUCAUAAAAACAUCCAACCAAUGCAACAAAGAGUAGACACAUGUUUCUUCUGUGUGCGCUGAAGUCAUCCAAGGACUGUGAACACUAGUGACUAUUGGAAGACGUGUUGGUCUUCCCAUUCAAACGUGGAGGUAGUGCGGUUAUGGACAGAUGAAGAUUCAAAGCAGUACAAGUGGAGCCCGCUCUGGAGUGUUUUUCACCUUUCUUUUCUCCUUUUGGACAUCAACCUGAGGGAGGAAGAAACGACUGGUCUUUCCGUUUUUAUUUCUGAGACUAAGCCAGAGAAGCAUGUGGAUGAUGCUGGACAAGCCCAACAGUGCUUUUGAGUUGCCUAAGCCAGAUUCUCUUUUGUAAAUGUACUGUGACCUCUGUACUAUUUAGUGUGUAUUAUAUUGACAGCAAACUGAUCAUCACAUUUUUUUAAUGUGUGUGUGUGUGUGUGUGUGUGUUUCUAUUGGCAGGUAUGACUGUGAGUAAGAUGGUACACAUGGAUGCAACAGGAACAUGAGAAGGAACAACAUUCAUUCUGGAGAUAUAAUUCCUGGUGUUUCUCAUGUCGACACAAGGAUCUGAAUGUGUUUUCAAACCAAUGAAGUUUACUCAAAGUCCCCCUUGUAAAACAUGUAAUAGAUAAAUACUAAUUGGACUGGAUUAUUUUUUACAAAUUUUAGGGAUAAUAGAGAUAAAAGAGCUUGAGAUAAAGUCAGGCCAAAUAUGAUUGCAUAGAAUCUUUCUGAAUGUUUCAUGGGAGAGUUGAUUUAUAAAAAAGGCCUAUUAUAAAACCAUGAAAUGUACAUUCUUUUUCAUCAAUUCAUCACUCAAAUUAUAUUUUCCUUUCAACAAUAACAGCUAAUUAUUCUCUUUGAAACUUUAUCUAUUUGCAACACAACACUGAGAUCAGUGUUUGAUGGGAACAAACCAACACGUUGGUCAUCGAAUCAAACCGUCACAGAUCACAUGUCACAUGUCACAUGUCAGUUCCUGCCCAACAUGAACCACGUCUACCUGUUCAAUGGGAGAUUAUUACAGGUGUUUCAGUGGGACCUCCACUCAAUGUAGUCCAGAUAAACUAUUGGUUUGUUUACAACCUGGGUCAACAUGUGACUGCUUGUUGCACCAACAUCGCCAUGUUCCCAGAUCUAAGAAGAAACCAAAAAUACUGAAUAAAUAGGACAAAAAAACCAAACCUAAAUUAUAAUCAACUGGUGUUAUCAUCUAAUCCUCACCUUUUGCUUUAAUUAUUGGCUUUCUGUUGGCCUGGUCACAUCAGAAAGAACUAAACAAGACUUCAGUUCACAGAAGUUCAACAAUGUUAAAUCUGGUAGGAACGAAUGUAUUAUAUAACGUGGUGUGACUAGGCUUAAACAGUAAAGGGGCCAAAAAACAGUUUGACAAGUGAAUGUCCAAACCAGUCUGUUGCUGUUCCAGGAAAAAACAAAUCUCAAUAAGAUGUCUCAGCAGCUUUAUAAAGCAUUUCUUCGGAAAUGACUCAACAAAACAAUGUGGUAGAGAGAGGCAAAGCUUACGAAUGAUCCGCAAUGUAGAAGUUUAACCUCAUCUCAGCUCAACCUGAAGCCACCAUCAUACAGAAGAAAAGCCAGAAGGUCUAACGUAUGGAAGGAAUUUCUUCUGACCCCGAUGAGGGAGGUCAGACGCUGCGGUUUCCAUUUGUUCUGUAUUAUUAAAAAAUAAAAGUUGAGCUAUUGCGCAUGUCUCUGGCGAUUUAUGAGUUUCGAUGUUGAUUUUG